AUGGAGGAAGCUCCUCAGAGGGUCGAAGUGCCCGCUGUGUUCGAGGAUGUAGAGGCCGAUGUACUCGUAGAUCUCAUAGCCGACAUGAUGGAGCGGUUGAUGGCCCACAACGACAGGAUCCCAUUGUCGCCGGAGGCCCUCACCAGGUUCCAUUCGCGUUCUGCACCUGGAAUAUCCGUAUUAGACUACUUCAGACGCAUAGUGAGAUUCACCAGAGUCGAGCGUGUCUGCCUCCUUAUAACCCUGCAUUACAUCGACCAGAUAUGCGCCCGCACGCCGCUGUUCACCCUGUCCUCAUUGACUUGCCACCGAUUCGUCAUCGCUGCCAUCACUAUCGCCAGCAAGACCUUCUGCGAUGUGUUCUGUACGAACAGCGUUUACGCGAAGGUAGGCGGCAUCCCGGUGGACGAACUCAACAUGCUCGAAAGGGAGUUCCUUCGCAUGAUCGACUGGCAGCUCACGUGCACUCGUGAAGUCCUCCAAGAAUACUACGUCAACCUCGUCCGCACCCACAGCAAAGGCAUCUAUUACAUACCCGCCCCCGAGUCGUCGAGCAGCCUUUCGUCUGACAGCGACACGGACCUUGACAUGGGCGGGCCCUCGCGACCUUCCACCCCUGCCACGGAGAGCGCUGCACCCAGCGGAGCCGUCCACCAUCCUUAUCGACACUGCAACACUGUCUCCCGAGCCUCCGCGGCCCCCACGCUGGAGCAGAACAUGGCAUUCGCCGAUUUCCACCAGUCUUCACAGGAACACCCAGAAAGACACCCAGGAUGA